AUGCUCACGCUCUUGCGAAGCGACUGCCUGCGUGGCGCUCUGCGCUCAUCAAACAGGAUAACCAGCGUAGGAGGAGGAGGUGCGAAGCGAUUGAUCUCGACGCCGUCUUCCGAUCCUACCAUCUCGCAUGCAGCCGCUGCGACCAACAAGACGGUCAAGCUCGAUUUCGAGGCGUACGAGCCUACAGAGGAGCAGCUCAAGAAGCGACGGACUGAAGUGCCGAUUUCGUCGCUCGUCGUAUGUCAUGGGCUGUUUGGAUCUAAGCAGAAUUGGCGAUCGUUGGGACGCGCCAUGUCGGCUCGCUUUGGCGUUCCGGUAUUUGCGCUCGACCUACGCAACCACGGCACCUCGCCUCACAUUGACGGCCUCGCUUACUCGGACAUGGCGCAGGACGUGAUCGAGUUCAUGUCGUCCCAUAAUCUCACCAAUGUGGGUCUUAUCGGUCAUUCCAUGGGUGGAAAAGUGUCGAUGAGCGUAGCGUUGCACCCGGAUCUGCCCUCGGGAAUGGUGCGCAACUUGGUGAGUGUCGAUAUGUCUGCUAAGCGCGGUCCUCUCUCGCCCGAGUUCGAACGUUACAUAGACGCGAUGAUCGAGAUCCGCGAUAAGCCCUGUCGAAGUCGCAACGAAGCCGACACCAUCUUGCAAGCCACCGAGCCGGAUCUGGGCGUCCGUCAAUUCCUGCUCACCAACCUCACGCGCGACCCACCAGGCGCAGAAACCUGGAGUUGGCGUAUCCCCGUCGAUCUUAUCCGCAAAAACAUCGCACAGAUCGGCGAUUUCCCCUACAACCCUCCGCAAGCAUCUAGCCAAGACAUCGUCGGCGCAGACGCCAAUGCUCCAGAACGAAGCUGGCACGGCGAAACUCUGUUCGUCAAGGGCUCGAAAAGCAAGUACGUCAACCGAAGGAAUAUUCCUACGAAUCAGAGAUACUUUCCCAAUUCCAAACUCGUUCACAUGCAGACCGGUCACUGGUGUCAAGCGGAGAAACCGAACGAGUUUGUUCAGGUUGUAGAGGACUUUCUGACAGGCAGGACACACGACGAGACGCAGCAGGCGUUGAAGCCGCGUUCCUAA